CCAUGUCGUUUUCCAGCCAGCAAAAGGCCCAAUUGGACCAGUUGGUCCAACAGUGGCUCGCCAUCGACAGAAACCCCCACUCCAUCAACGAGAUCAAGCAGCUCCACGCCAGCGGAAACUACUCAGUGUUAGACGAAAAGCUCUCCACGAGAAUCGCGUUUGGAACCGCAGGCUUACGGUCAGAAAUGACGCUGGGUUUCGCCCAUAUGAACGACGUCACCAUCCUCCAGGCAUCGCAGGGGUUAGUCCAGUACGUGUUGGACCAGCCAGGCCAGACUAAUGCAUCUCUUGUGGUGGGAUACGACCAUCGGUUCCACUCGCAGCGCUUUGCCGAAAUCACCGCCAGCGUGGCGCUUACCAAGGGCGUCAAGGUGUACUACUUGGGCAGCGUGACCCAGUUGUCGGACGAAUCAGUGCCAGAAUCCGCCUCUGGCGCCAGUGGCGACUCUAGCGUGGUCUACACGCCUCUCGUGCCUUUCUCCAUCGACAAGUACGGAGCCUCGGCUGGUGUAAUGGUCACCGCCUCCCACAAUCCCGCCAAGGACAACGGCUACAAGGUGUACUACGGCAAUGGGUGUCAGAUCAUUCCUCCCCACGACGACGGCAUUGCUGCCUCCAUCGAUGCCAACUUGCAACCUUGGCUGCAAACGGUGUGGGACGUUGCCGCCAACUUCGCCCAGGGUUUGGAGAGUGGGUUGUUGGUUCCUAUCAGAGAAGAGGCCUCAGCUGCCUACGUGGCAGAAGUCACUCGUCAGUUGGUCACCAGGCCAAAUAUCUCUACCAAGUUCACCUACACGCCAGUCCACGGAGUGGGACUCGAGAUCUUCGACAAGUGUAUCUCGAACUCGUUCAGUGGCUACGAAAUGAAGGUGGUCAGCGAACAGGCGCACCCUGACCCAAAUUUCCCCACGGUGAAGUUCCCCAACCCCGAGGAAAAGGGAGCAUUGCACUUGUCGAUUCAAACAGCUGACAAGCUCGGACACCAGCUCGUGCUUGCAAAUGACCCAGAUGCAGACAGAUUCAGUGUUGCCGUCAAGAGCAAGGGCCAGUGGAGACAAUUGACCGGAAAUGAGAUCGGGUUUCUUUUUGCCAUGUACAUUAUCGAAGAAGUGGUACACGAAGACCAGUUGAAAAACACAUACUUGUUGAACUCGACUGUUUCGUCGCAGGUGUUGAAUGCCAUGGCCGAGAAGAAGGGAUUCCAUUUCCAGGACACCUUGACAGGCUUCAAGUGGAUUGGCAACCGUGCCAUUGACUACAAGAAACAGGGCUUCAAUGUGCCAUUCGCAUACGAAGAGGCAAUUGGAUACAUGUUUGGAUUGGUAAACGACAAGGACGGAGUGUCUGCUGCGGUGAUAUGGUUGCAGUUGUAUGAUCAGUGGUUUUCGAGCUCCCAGAUAGACCCAAUCGACAAGUUGAACGAAGGCUACGAGAAGUACGGCUGGUUUAAGGAGUGCAAUGGUUACUACAAGUUGAAUGACUUGGGCAAGACCAAAGAAAUCUUUGACAGUGUGCGUGGAAGCUUUAAAGACAACCACCCUGAGACCAUUGGUGAGUUCAAAGUGAUCCACUGGAGAGAUUUGACCAUUGGAUAUGAGUCCUCAACCCCCGACUUUAAACCCGAAUUACCCGUGGAUCCAAAGUCCCAGAUGAUCACGGCCGUGUUGAAAAGAGGUGACGCACAAGUCAGAUUUACCUGUAGGGGAUCCGGUACUGAACCAAAGUUGAAGGUAUACAUCGAGGGACGGGGCGACAAUGAAGAAGUCGCUACCCAGAUAGCAAGAGAUUGUUGGGAUGUGUUGAAGGCCGAGUGGUUUCAUCCUGAGGCAAACGGAUUAGAAGAACACAAGAACUAGAUGAAAGAGAACAAGGGCGCAUAUAAAAGCGACAGGAAAUAAAUGGAUAAUAUUCAAAGUAUAAUUUGUAGGCUUAUAUCAAUCAC